AUGGCUACCAUUCUGGGUGGCCCUAUAGGGGCUGCUGGGCGUCUCGCGUCAGCUAAACAGCACGCAAUUUUCUCCGUAUUUGCCUCAACGGUGUGCCUCCCUGCACGGCAGGGGCCCCUACGUACCCACAGCCUUUCUGAAAAGCCUCAGGACCACUGGCUCCGCUUUUCAAGUCUCCCUCAUGAGCUGCAAGGGGCCCUUUUGUUUGAAGCGGGCUCCUUUAGGGCGCUCCUGCUGCGCUGUCUCAGUGGCUCAUCUACGGCACGCUGCGGGCCGGCGCCCCAAGACGCCGCGGCCACACAAAGGGGCGCCCAAGACGUAACAGAGCCUGCAGCAGAGGCAGCAAAGGAGGCAUCUGCCUCAAGUGCGGGGGAUUUGGGGGCCUCUGGGGAGGCAGAUGACACAGGCACAGCUGCGGACAUCCAUUACCAAGCAGCUGCGGAUGCGUUGCUGAGUGGGCUGGCCGAACAGCUGCAGGAGAGGCAAGAUGCCGAGGGCAUUGAUGACGUUGACUGCCGAGAUGGCGUACUCAAAGUAGUGUGCGAGAGCGGCUUAACUUUGGUUCUUAACAAGCACUACGUUACGAGGCAGAUUUGGUACGCCUCACCUCGGAGCGGCGCGCAGUACUUCGACUUCGUCACGGGGUGGAGAUGUGCGCGCACCGGGCUGAGUCUUUUGGAGGUGCUGACCAGGGACAUAAGCGCAGCCAACGGCAGUAGCAGCAACAGGAACUGCGAUCAUACCGGCAACAGCCUCUCGUGGCCUGAGGGGUCACUCAGAGCCAAGUGA